AUGAAGCUCACACUCACAACCCCAUCUCUCCUCCUCCUCUCAUCAGCCCACCAAGCAUUAGCCUGGGGCACACUUGGCCACGAAACCGUCGCUUUCAUCGCCCAAAACUUCGUUGCAGCAGACACAAAAGUCUUCCUCUCCUCCAUCCUUCAGGACACCUCCACAGAAUAUCUAGCCAAGGUAGCGACAUGGGCUGAUUCGUUUCGGUAUACAAAGGCGGGAAAGUUCAGCGAGCCGUUCCAUUUCAUUGAUGCGGAGGAUAAUCCGCCGGAUAGUUGUAGCGUGACGUAUUCGAGGGAUUGUGGGAAGAGCGGGUGUGUGGUUGGGGCGAUUCAGAAUUAUACGACACAACUUCUGGACUCUUCGUUGGAUAAGGGAACUAUUAAUAUGGCUGCUAAGAAACAGUUCGUAGGAGACAUCCACCAACCUCUCCACGACGAAGCUCUCGACCGCGGAGGAAACUCCAUCGCCGUCCUCUUCGGCGGAGUAGCCACCAACUUGCACCACAUUUGGGACACCAACAUGCCAGAAAAGCUCGUCGGUGGCUAUACGCUAGCAGACGCUGAACGCUGGGCCGCCACGCUUACUACCGAGAUCAAUACCGGCGCGUUCAAAGACCAGGCUGCGAGCUGGCUUGAAGGCAUCGAUAUCACGGAUCCCGUGACGACGUCUCUGGGUUGGGCGAGCCAGACCAACCAGUUUGUGUGUACGACGGUCCUGCCGAAUGGGAAGGAAGGCGUGGAGAAUCAGGAGUUGAGUGGCAGUUAUUAUGAGGCUGCUGUGCCGGUUAUCCAGUUACAGAUUGCGAGGGCUGGAUAUAGGUUGGCAAAAUGGUUGGAUCUGAUAACUGUAGGCGUCAGGACGGAAUUGUAA